AUGGUCCGACUCUCGCGAUCCUCGAGCCUGAGGAUGUCUCAGUCACGCCAUCAGCAGCAGCAGCAGCAGCGGUCGGAUGGGGAGGUGAACUCGUCGUCGCCGCCGCGAACGCCCCCGUCCCAGACGGCAACGUCGAGGCCCGACGCCGCCAACAAAGGGCUCCAGACCCGCCCUCCAAUGCGCGAGACCUUCCUCGACGACAUUACGCCCACUGAGACCGAGAGGGCGGAUAUUGAGGAGUCGGGCGAUGAGCGGGACCCCCAUGACUUGUCGCUCUCCCCCCAGCAUGCCACCCGCACCUCGAUUGUCGACAACAUGCUGCUGUCGCUCGACCAGUUCGCCUUUGCCGGCUCCUCCAUCCUCGACGACUAUCGGCUGUUCAACUCGGUCUUCGAGUCCUCGACCGACCCCUACGAGCUGGCCGCAGCCUCGAGCUCCCCCGCCUCCACCGUCCAGGGCCGUUACCGCGGCCAUACCUUGUCCUCCUCCGUUUCCUCCGAGGUUGACUUUCACUAUGAUGAUACCACAGGUCGCUUCGCCCGCCGCCAACGCAGCAACAGCAGCUCUAUCUACCAGAUGGGACUGAGGAGGGUGGGGAGCAGCCGUGACGGAGCGGCCAUGUCGCUGCCCCCGUCGUCUCGUGGUCACAUGGGUGAACAACAACGCGCAGGUACAAGCGCUGGCGCGCGCGUCAACGGGACGAGAAAAGGGAGCAAAGGCAGUGCUUCGUCUCACAUUGACCCUGGGCCAUCUUUCGCUAGUGCUCGUGCCACCGUCACCACCGAGCGACGCUCCGCCAGCUUCGACUACGGCUCCCGACCAGCCUUCCUCCCGCUGUCCGAGUUGGACGACGACGCCGCACCCACACCCAGUGUUCCCGCUAGGCGACGCAAACAGUUCAUCCAGGGCCCCGACGAUUAUCCCCAGCCGAUCCAAUACCAGGCCGCCCGCCAACAGGCCCUCUCCCGCAAAAACAGUGCCAAAUCCUCGCGAGCUAACCAGGCUCGCAAGGGGAAAACAGACAAUCUGGGCACGGGAACUGUCAAGAGCCGGGAUGGAGAGUUUAGAAAUCAAACAGAGAAUAAUUCUUCUUCUGCUGCUGCUGCUGCGGCGGCGGCGGCGGCAGCGGCAGCUGGUCUAGAAAUGCCCCCCGUUGCACCAACCACUCUGGAUCCCUCUGCCCCGAGUCCAACCAUUUCCUUCAACAAACCGUGGAUCCCGCCCACGGAACCGACCCCGACCAAGGAGCGCCCAGGGUUCUUUCGACGCGUAUUUGGCUCGUCAAAGAGCUCGUCACCUGGUCCGACCGACCAUUAUCACCAACCAGACGUUCCGUACUUGUCGGAGAGUGACGCGCGCGAGGCGUCAGGUACCGGAGUUCAUGCCCACAACCGAAAAUCACCGCCAAAGAAUAGCAGUCAUGGCAAUACUCACAACAACACAUCAGGAGGAGGAGCUGCACCCGCCUCGUCAACCCCUUUGCAUGUGGUCAAUAAGAAGCCCUCGUUCUUCCGGAGGCGGAAGAAGUCCAUGGUCGAAAGCGUGCCGCCGCCGAUCGUGAUUCCCCAGGAGCUAGCCCCAAGGCCCGUCGACCUGCUCAAGCCUCAACCGAGCCCCGUCAGUAGCUUGCGGAAAGUAAUGAACCCGUUCCUGGCCGACGGGACUCCUGCUGGCCUCGCGGUGGUAACCAGAGACAAGCCCGACUGGGAGAUGGCCCCCCUCGCCUCCACUGGACGUGCAGAGAGCGAACCGCCAGAGCCAUCAAAAGACACGACUGUCCCCGCAUCUGUCGGUGGGGGAGCAGCGGCGGGGUCCAGAUACAGUCUCUAUCCUGCCAACGCAGCUUCACAGGACGCUGGCAAUGCCAAAAGAGCAAGCAAAUCUGCCGAUGGAGUGGUCUCUACCGCCACCACCAGUCACAGAGAUAGUGUAGUAGCCACCGGCACCACUGCCAUGGCGACAGAUCCGAAAUCAUACACAGGUCAACGUCAUCCUAGCCGGGGCUCUCUCACCGUCCAGACUGCCAUGACAGAUACCCUACCCGACAAGGAUGCGUCGAUCAAGAGCCUUUCAUUGGCGAAGCAGCUCUCCAGCGACGACGGUCCCGGAUCCCGUGGGGGCUCCAUAUCACAGGAGCUCCUGGCCGAUCCUCCCAGUGCCUCCGCUUCCGAGUACUCUAAUUACUUCACAGCAUCUAACACGCCGGUUGUCCCCUCAGAUGAUCCGAGACUGUCAGAGAUUGUCGAGGCGCGGACGGGCGAUGACGACGACCUUGAUCCGGACGAGGUCAUCGCUGAGGGCGAGCACCACCAGCCACGUGCUACAGACCGUGAGCAGGCGCAGAAACUGUACGAGAGCCAGGACGAGAUCGUUGGCAACGAACCCGCGGCCGCGUGGUUGGGCGACCCUGCCCGUGCGCUGGUGCGCAGCGCAUACAUGGAUCUCUUCGACUGGUCCAACAUGAACAUCCUGGCUGCUCUGCGCAGCCUGUGCACCCGCCUCGUCCUCAAGGGAGAGACCCAGCAGGUCGAUCGGGUCUUGGAUGCCUUUUCCAGCCGAUGGUGCGAAUGUAAUCCGCAACAUGGAUUCAAAGCCGCAGAUGUGGUCCACACGAUCUGUUACUCUAUUCUCUUAUUGAACACAGACUUGCAUUUGGCCGAUAUUGAGCAGAAAAUGACUAAAAACCAAUUCGUCAAAAACACGCUACCCACCAUCCACCGUGUCGCUGUUGACGCAGCGCCCAAUGCCUUUCAGACCAUCCGAGCUCCCACCCGAACCAAGACGUCUUCCAGCGAAGCGGACGCGAGCAAGCCUCACUCUGCCCCGGCAGAGGAGACUGGUCGGACCUCCCCUGACCGGGCCCAACGGCUAGAUGUUCCUCGGCUCGUCGGCGGAGACGUGGAAGGGGAUGCAGGGCCUCUGGUCAGAUCCCCCUUCAACGGCACGAUGCGCGCCUGGGAGGCUCAGGUGGAGAUCGUUCUCCGGGACUUCUACAGUUCCAUUCAAAAGCAAAAGCUCCCCUUGUAUGGGGCUCCGCCGGAGAAAGAAGGGCCCCCCGCCGGAUCACGGCUGUCGACUGCCAAUCUGCUUGGACCGACAGCGAACGUCUUACGCCGCAGCCCUAGCACGCUGAGCAAGUCGGGCUCAGACAUCUACCCUCGCGGCCGGUCUGCGGACUCGCGGUAUGGCAGCGCGCGCUGGUCGUCCAAGCCUCGGUCGCGCGCGCGGCUGUAUCCGUCUUCGAACAUCGGGUCGAGCCGGACCAGCCUGGACGACCAGUCGUCACUGUGGAGUCCCUCCGGGUCGAGUACCUGGAGCAAGUAUUCUCUGGGGAAGCUGACGUCGGUGUCGGUGGACUCUUUCGGGUCGGAGUACCCGCGAGGCGACUACCAGCAGUCGAUCGGGUUUGCGAACGCGCUGAGCCACGCCAUCAUCCGCGAGGACUCUGGGCACUCGAUGCUGAGCUUUGAGGAAGGCGAGGGCGGGGCGGGAUCGCUGUUGGAGGAUGACACGCUGGAGCUGGCGGGGGCGCCAUGGGCCAAGGAAGGCAGCUUGAAGCACAAGCACCACCUGGAUUCGGUGGAUAAGCGGGCCAAGGACCGCAACUGGAGCGAGUGCUUCGCCGUCAUCCAGCAAGGGUGGAUGCGACUCUUCUCGUUCAGCGCGGGCAAGCACAAGGCGCGGCAGCAGCAGCGGCAGCCGGGCGGCGUGGUGGUGGGCGGCGGCAACUGGACGGAGAACGCAGAGGAGAUCUGGAAGUUCUUGCUUCGACAGACCAUCGCGAGCGCGCUGCCGCCGCCGGGCUACUCCAAGUCGCGGCCACACGUGUGGGCGCUCAGCCUGCCGACGGGGGCGGUGCAUCUCUUCCAGGUGGGCACGCCGGAGAUUGUGCGCGAGUUCGUCUCCACGGCCAACUACUGGAGUGCCCGACUCUCCAAGGAGCCUCUGGUGGGCGGCAUUAGCAACAUCGAGUACGGGUGGAGUGACGCGGUGAUCAACAGCGCUCUCAUCCAUUCGGACAGCGGCAACAAUCACAAUCACAAUCACAAUCACAAUAACAAUACUACCAAGUCGCCGCCGACCUCCUCGUCCGGGCCACACGCGCAGCAGCCUCGCCCAAGUAUCCAGAGCUCGAUCCGCAGCUCGAUCGAUCAGCAAGUGGUCCGUCCCCGAUUGCCGGCGGACCGGGUGCACAUCAGCGACUGGGCGCCGCCACAGCAGAGCAUGAUGGCGUCGGGCCUGCCGGAGGGGGAACAGCUGGCGGCGCUGCAGGGGUACGUCAAGAAUGUCGAAGAGGAGCUGCAGAAGCAUAACGAGCUGCGCCCGGCCAUGAUUCUGGCCUUCUCGCCCCGACACCCCAAUGCGACCAAGGCCAUGGCCAACUGGGAGCGCAAGUCGUCGUAUCUCUUGCGUGAGAUCGUCAAGUUCCGCACCUAUAUCGACUCCCUUCAUGGAGCUAUUGCGCAGAAGCAAAAGAUCCAGGCUGAGCGUGCAGAGCACCUAGCUGACAUGGCUGCUGACAUGGCUGUCGAUGCUACAGAGUGA